UAGUGAAGCACAGCAUCUCACACUUGCCACAUAACAGGCCAGCAUAUCUCAGCACAAUCAUGCGUCAACUGUGUCUUACCUUUAUCCUUUUAGUCGCAGCAGAAGCUGUGAAUCUGCAUCAGGAGCAGUUAACAGUGACCAAAGCCACAGACAAAUCUGCUGUUAUUGAAUGCAUAGCUACAGGCUUCAGCACUGGUAACAUUCACUGGUAUCAGCAAAGAGACGGAGAAGCUCUGAGGCGGAUCCUGUUCAUGCAUAAAGGUGGUGGAAAACCAACCAAGGAUCCUGGUUUUGAGGAUUACCGAGCAGAAAAGGCAGACAGUUCUGACAAAUUCACACUGACAAUCCCUACCCUAAAGACAGAUCAUGAAGCCACAUACUACUGUGCUAGCUUGGAUAACCACAGUGACAACUGCAAUUCAUUCCCUUAUGACAUUCUAUUUGUGGUUUUGAGAAGGGAUUUAACUUUUAGUUCUCUAGAUCUAAAGGAACAAAAAGAUGGUACGUUUUUGUCUAGGAUUUACUUGGAGUGUGAUUCUGGAUCAGGGACACUGGAUAUUUUGCAGUUUGGAUCUGGCACAAAACUCAUCAUCGCUGAUGAGAACCAGGUCAGGAAACCCAAAGUGACCGUGUACCAUAAGUCCAAACCUGAGCCGAAUGGGAACACUAUCCUGCUGUGUCUGGCUAGAGACAUGUUUCCAGACUUAGUCAAGAUCUCAUGGAAGAUGGAGGAUGAAAACGGCCGAACAGUGGAGGUGCCCAAAGCAGAGAGGGAAGAGCUGGAGCAGAGGGAGGAAGGACAGACGACCAGUAUGAUCAUCAUUAAUCAAGGAAAGGCAAAUGCUAAAUACGUCUGUUUAGUGAAGCAUGAAGCGGACACUAAAGAAGCAAAAACAUCAAAAGCGCAAUCUACCAAUGCGAUGGCACCACCCUGCAUACCCGGACCGAAUGAAUCCAAUGAAUCCAAUGUGUUGGGAAGGGCACCAACCUUCCAGUCCAUGUGCAGUCUGAAUCUGGCCUCUCUGGCUUAUACAGUGAUGAUAGUGAAGAGUAUGGUGUACUGCUGUGGGCUCUCUCUCCUGCUGUGCCGCAGGAACAUGGGAAAUUGACCCCCUACCUGGAGAAAAGCUACCUGACACACCAUAUGUCAUCUGUUCAUUAUGAAGAGUUCUGAAAGCUAGGAUGAAAUUUCGGUCCUAAUUUUCCUCUUCCAAUCCCUCACAGUGAGCAAAAGUACUAUUACUGAUAUCUAUGAGAAGCUUUUGUAUUCCAAACUCAUUUGGCCACAUCCAAUCUAUAAAAUAAAGUUACUGUUACUUUUAACACUAGGUGUGUGCCAAUAAAGGUACCAAAUAUUAAUGGGUUGCUGGUAUCGUCACAAUAUUGUUUAGAGCUUUCUCUUGAGGACUGGUGCCUGACUAAAAGUUAUACUCAAUGCAAUCUCAGUUGGCGUUGAUGAAGAUUUUGUCUAAAGUGUGUUAUAAUGACUGGGAAACACGGUGAUAUUUCUAAAGUAGACAAAUAAUUAGUAGGAGAACCUUUUGUCAUCAUUGUGAUGUCGCCAGAUUUACUUUAGAUGUAGUAUAACGUUUACUAGCUAGCUAAAUGUGAGGGGAGAGCACCGACUGUUAGCUAGCUAACAUUAGCAUUGCUAGAUUUUUUGUCAAACUUUGCUAGCUACUGACAUUGCCAUCAGUCUAAAGUAAAUGUGAAGACGUAAUAAUGCUGACAAAGGUGUUUCCUACUAAAUAUUUGCCUAGUAUAGCAAUGUCAUUGUAUUUCCCAGACUCUACAGUUUAAUUUAGACCAAAAAUGGAUGUUAAGAAUGACUGGGCACCACUAAAGUUUUUGGCGUCAAUAUUAAUGAUAUAUAUAAAAAAAUAUGUUUAUCUCACAUAAUAUAAUUUAAAAGUAUGCAUUAAGGUGUCUGUAAUAGAAUAAACGUAGCAAAAACAAAUGCAUUUCUAUAGCUUCCAAAAUAUAUUUUUUUACAAUGGUGGGGGAGUACCAAGAUGGAGGCACGUUGGCUUCGAAACAGUGCCCCCUGGGGACCGUCUGGUGUAUAUAUAAAUCAUUAUUCAAUAUUGCGGAGAGUGUCUUGAGAAUGUUCAUAACAAUGGCGUGACGUGACCUAGUGAUGGAUGAGGUGCUCUGGUGUUCAAAACUCCUGUCUAUACUUAAAGGGGCAAUCUGCAGUUGCUACGUCAAUUUUUUGACUUACAAAUUAAUUAUAUGUACCCAUUGAUUCUUAAAGAAUAUAAAUUAGAAAUGCCUCAUGAGCUCAGUUCAACUGUCAUACCCCAUCAGAACCCAAAAUAUAAGCUUGUUUUACUCCAAUGUUUGUACACAAAGUAAAUAUGAACAGACACUGUUGAGUCUCAAAACAUUGUUUACACUAUAAUUUUGUCCCUGCAUCCAUAGCUAUGUCUAUGAAUUUGAAAGUGUUUAAUUUCUCCAACCCACUCCCUAAGCUUUUUACCGAAACAAUGGCGAGGAGCCUGCAUUAUUAUUGUUUUAACUGACGAUUGCCCCUUUAAAAUAAAUGAUCAUGUAUUUUUUUCUCCAAGUCUUAAUGAUUAGACUUAGAAACGUUUUAUUUUUGUUGUGUUUCCCUUUAUAAAAAAUAAA